CUAAAUGGCACAUGGUUGUUAACAGAUUUUACCUUCUUUAUCUCCCGUUUUAAUACAGAUUCAGGGAGGUUUAUCGCCGUGCGGCUGAAGCAGGGAGGAUGCCUGUGGAAAGAACGGAGCCCCGCGGAGCCGACGAGCUCUACAAAUAUUAUGAGGUUUAUGAGACUAUCGGCUCAGGGGGCUUUGCUAAAGUCAAGCUCGGACGACACAUCCUGACAGGAGAAAAGGUUGCCAUUAAAAUCAUGAACAAGAAGGAUCUAGGGGAAGACCUGCCCCGUGUUAAGGUAGAGAUUGAGGCCAUGAAAAGUCUGAGUCAUCAGCACGUCUGUCGCCUCUACCACGUCAUAGAGACCUCCACCCAGAUCUUCAUGGUGCUGGAGUAUUGCCCAGGUGGGGAGUUAUUUGACUACAUCAUAGCAAAGGAUCGUCUGUCAGAGGAGGAGACCAGGGUGUUUUUCAGACAGAUUGUGUCUGCGAUGGCCUAUGUCCACAGCCAGGGAUACGCACACAGGGACCUCAAACCGGAAAACUUGUUGAUUGAUGAAGACCACAACUUGAAGCUCAUAGACUUUGGAUUGUGUGCCAAACCUAAGGGAGGUUUGGGUUAUGAGCUGAUGACAUGUUGUGGGAGCCCUGCAUACGCCGCUCCUGAACUCAUCCAGGGGAAGUCAUAUAUUGGUUCAGAGGCGGAUGUGUGGAGUAUGGGAGUGCUGCUGUUCGCUCUGCUCUGUGGAUACCUGCCCUUCGAUGACGACAACUGCAUGGUCCUUUACAGGAAGAUUGCAAGAGGUAAAUAUGACAACCCCCAGUGGCUCUCUCCAGGUAGUAUCCUGCUCCUCAACCAGAUGAUGCAGGUGGACCCCAAGCGACGUCUAACUGUUCGACAGCUGCUGGACCAUCCCUGGGUGAUGAAAGACUACAACAGCCCCGUGGAGUGGCGCAGCAGACAGCCGCUUGGUCACAUAGAUGAGGACUGCAUCACUGAGAUGGCUGUCAACAUGAAACGAUCGAGGCAGAGCACCACAGCGCUGGUUAAGGAGUGGCGGUAUGACCAGACCACAGUCACCUAUCUGCUGCUGCUGUCAAAGAAGCAUAGGGGCAAACCUGUCCGCCUGCGCCCUGAACCAGCAGUCUGUGAGGACUCCUGCUCUCCACUGCACCAGGGACUACAGACUAGGGACGCCCUUCACUUUAGCGAGGAUGAAGACGCUGUGAUUGUGGGUUCUCUGGAUUACUACAUCGAUGAUUGCCCAUGGGUUUCAGGCACACAGUAUACACCUCAGAGGGUCACAGGGCCGCCAGAUGGAACUGCAAACAUCAAAGACACAAGACUGCCAUCUCCAUCUGUGGAGAAAAGAUAUGCUUAUAGCCCGACCCCAGAAAGGGGGCGAACGACGACACCGCACCACCAGGAGAGGAGGGAAAGAGUCCAAGGGCAAACCAGUGAGAACAAGGAGAAUAUUGCUGUGCAGGAGAAAGAUGUUGAAAUAUUUGCGCUGCCUCCUCCUCGAACUCCUGCGUCCAGUAAGAAGAACACACGGCCCAACAAGAAUGUGUUAAGCACACCCAAUCAAAAUGCAAACGUCAAUGGCGCUAAAACCAAUGCAGUCACACCUAAAGGUGGAGGCAGCGCCUCUAAAGAGAACAAUAAGAAGAGGGGAGCAGAGGUCAAGGAGCUUGCAAGCACUGAACUACUGGCCUUCAGUCCUGAGCGAAGGUCUCGGUCUUUGGACAUGGCUUUUAUGGGAGACAGCGGGAAGAAGAAGAGAGGAGGAAAGGUGUUUGGUUCCCUCGAGAGAGGCCUGGAUAAGGUUAUCACCAUGCUCACUCCCAGCAAGAGACGAGCCCUGCGUGACGGCCCACGCAAGAUCAAGGCACAGUACAACGUUACUCUGACCAGUCAGACCAACCCAGACCAGGUCCUUAACCAGAUCCUCUCCAUCCUGCCAGAGAAAAACAUUGAUUUCACGCAGAAAGGGUAUACCCUGAAGUGUCAGACCUGGGACUUUGGGAAGGUAACCAUGGCGUUUGAGCUGGAGGUGUGCAUGCUGCAGAGGCCGGAGGUCGUCGGGGUCCGCCGCCAGAGGCUGAAAGGAGAUGCCUGGGUCUACAAGCACCUUGUGGAAAACAUCCUCUCCACAUCCAGAAUCUAAAUAAUGCACUUUGCUGGCAAUGUCACUUCCUGUUCCAAGUCAGUGGACACUUUCUAUGUCAGUGACGUGACACCCUUUUCUGCGUGCAAAAUUGAAGGAUGACUGAUUAGUGUCAUAGCACAUUAAUGAUCAGUCUUUCAUUAUUCAUGGUGAAUAUUUAAUAUUGUCCUUAGGCCAGCCGGCAAUCCCCAGAGUGCAUGUUACAUUAAAUUUAUGAGCAUUACAUGUCAGGCUUCUGUACAGAAUAUUAUCUUGUUUUAUGUAGAAUAUGUUUGUUUUAUUUUCCUUCUUCACAAGCUGAAUCUUUCCUCUUGAGAUGAAUGUGUGAAAUGUAACGCUAUUUUGCAGCACACCUUCCGGCUACUUAUUACCAUAUUUAUGCCUUGAUGUUAUUCUCUCCUGUAGGUACCAACCUUAGUUGAAUAACAGAAAGAAGCAGAGCAUCAUUAAUUUACUGUCAUUGUUUUUUUAUGUACAUGUGUUUACAAUUCUUCCAUCAUGACAUUUUUACAUGGUUGUGUUGUAUGUAAGUGGUGUUUGUCUAGUUUUUAAACUGUCUGUCGCAUUGUGUCUACUGACAUGUAAAAGGAGCAAAAUAAAUGGUUUCUGGUAAAGGUAA